AUGUCGACGACUUUUUUCGAAGCUUCCGCCUGCAACGUCGCCGACGCCAUCUGCAGCGCGGCGAGCGCAAACGCGAGCGGUGUGCUCUUGGCAUGCGACUACCGCUACCCUCGUGAGGAGGGGAUGCUGCCUAAGGACUGCGGUCCGCCGGAGCACGCGCUGCCGGAGCCUUCGUGCGGCGAGCUCCUCCCGGCUGUCUUUGUCAGCGCGAACACCUCUGCGCUGAUCGCUGCCGCGGUGAGCCCCGGAGGCGACGCCCCCCCAGCGGCGUGGGUGGCGGAGGGCGGCGCGGCGUACAACGCGACCCUCACGAGGGAGGAGUCGUCGUGCGAGCCGUACCGCAAGGUGCCUGCCGUCUAGGUGGGCGCGACGCCCGCCUGGCUCGUCCUCUCCCUGCUCUGGGCGUACAACACGUACGUCCGGCACGCAGCCUCUGCCCGCGACCUGCACAAGCUGCUGACUUGGGUGCCGCUCGUCCAGCUCGCGAACGGCAUCCUCUCGCUCCUCUACUUCUCCUCCUGCCCGUGGGACGACACCGCCGCCCUCGUCUUCGCCAUGCUCUGGGCGGUUGUCGCCAUCCUCAAGGAGCCGGUCCUCCUCCUCUGCCUGCUCCUCAUCGCUAAGGGAUG